AAGCCGGAGACCGUGGGGCGGUAAUAUUGUAGCACUUCCCCUCCGGUUCUGGGCUUGGCGGGUUUUCGCAACUUGUCUUAGGCAGAUAAGAGGCACUGCACUGCGCACUCCGGCUGCAGACCGCUUUCCUGCCUGAGCUGAGCGAGACGGGGUGGCGAGCCGGGUCCCACCAUGGCUGCGAAUUAUUCUAAUACGAGUAAUAGAAGAGAACAUGUGAAAAUUACGACUGAGUCCCAGCCGGGCUUCCUGGAGCGGCUGAGCGAGACCUCGGGUGGGAUGUUUGUGGGGCUCAUGACCUUCCUGCUCUCCUUCUACUUAAUUUUUACCAAUGAGGGCCGCGCUUUGAAGACGGCAAGCUCCCUGGCUGAGGGGCUCUCACUCGUGGUGUCCCCCGACAGCAUCCACAGUGUGGCUCCGGAGAACGAGGGGAGGCUGGUGCACAUCAUUGGGGCCCUGCGGACUUCCAAGCUCUUGUCUGAUCCAAACUAUGGGGUCCAUAUUCCGGCUGUGAAGCUGCGGCGGCACGUGGAGAUGUACCAGUGGGUAGAAACCGAGGAGUCCAGGGAGUAUACCGAGGAUGGGCAGGUGAAAACAGAGAGGAAGUACUCCUACAACACUGAAUGGAGGUCGGAAAUCGUCAACAGCAGAAACUUCGACCGAGAGAUUGGCCACAAAAACCCUAGUGCAAUGGCCGUGGAGUCAUUCACGGCAACAGCUCCCUUUGUCCAAAUUGGCAGGUUUUUCCUCUCAGCAGGUCUCAUUGACAAAGUCGACAACUUCAAGCCAUUGAGCCUGUCCAAGCUGGAGGAUCCGCACGUGGACAUCAUUCGCCGGGGAGACUAUUUCUACCACAGUGAAAACCCCAAGUAUCCGGAGGUCGGGGACCUGCGAGUUUCCUUUUCCUACGCGGGGCUGAGCAGUGAUGACCCUGACCUGGGCCCAGCUCAUGUGGUCACUGUGAUUGCCCGGCAGCGAGGUGACCAGCUAGUUCCAUAUUCCACCAAGUCUGGGGACACCUUGCUUCUCCUGCACCAUGGGGACUUCUCACCAGAGGAGGUGUUUCUUAGAGAACAAAAGAGCAACUCCAUGAAGACUUGGGGCCUGCGGGCUGCUGGCUGGAUGGCCAUGUUUAUGGGCCUCAACCUCAUGACACGGAUCCUCUAUACUCUUGUGGACUGGUUUCCUGUCUUCCGAGACCUGGUCAACAUUGGCCUGAAGGCCUUUGCAUUCUGUGUGGCCACCUCACUGACUCUGCUGACUGUGGCUGCCGGCUGGCUCUUCUACCGGCCCCUGUGGGCCCUCUUCAUCGCCUGUCUGGCCCUGGUGCCCAUCAUUAUUGCUCGGACACGGGUGCCAGCCAAAAAGCUGGAGUGAAACAGGCCCUGGCACCCACCUGACACCCAUUUGAGCUUCAGGAUCCAGAUCACCCUGCCCCCUCUUCUGACCCUGCUCCACAUCAGAGCAUGAGUCUGCAUUGGUUUUGGAUUCUGCACCUGCUCCACUCUUCAAGGGGCCAGACUUGGCAGCGUGCACUACGUCGGGUUUGGUGUUCAUCUGUUAACGUCUCUCCACCCCUUUUCUUGUCGGUGAGCAGCUUUGAUGGGCAGAAGGCAGCUCCUAUCUGGCAGCAUGACAAGCGUUCUACUCGUUUCCUCCCCUUCUCGGGCUGUGUGUGGCUGGUUCGCAUGCUUUAUUUAGCCGAUGUCUUCAGACAUCAAGGAGGCUACACUCAGAGACCUGCUGCUUUACCCCUUACUGCCUCUCCUCCUUGGAGAAGAUGCCAGGGCUCUGCCACAGUCACUAGCUGUGCCCUUGGUACUAAAGGGCCACCUUUAUAGCUGUGUCUAAUCGGUACUGGAUUGCCCAGACUAAGUAAGCCCAUACCCUGCAAAGUGGGGCACCAUAAACCAUUUGUGGAUAGAACUUGAUUUGGAACUUCAGAGAAAACCCACUGGAGAUGUCCUGAGGGAAACUGAACAUUGGGCUUUGCGCUCGUUUUAUGGUUUGGUAGAAUCUUUUAGUGUCUAGGAUUUCCAAAGGCCCUGAGUUUUUGUUGCUUCACUUCAUGUGUACUCUCCUACUCUGAGAGAGUUGUUUGAAAUAUGAUUUAAAAAGCAAAACAGAAAACCUCCUGAAUGACUGAGGUUUCAGACUGUUACAGAAAGAGACACCUUUUAACCUGUUAGUUGAAGUUAUUCAGAGCACAGAAAGGUGUUAAAUUGGAGCUGUGACUUAGCCUGGCUGAAAAAAAGUUACUGCUGUCAGUAUUCUGGGCCGCGCUGGGAAGGUUCAGGAUGCCUUUGAAACAGGGUUAGCAAAAGGAUUUGACUUCCCUCUGGGAGAAGGUGGGGGAUCUCUAGAGUAAAGCAUUUCUUUUCAUGCUCUGGCAUCAGACAGUACUUGAAGUUUUGAGUUUUUAGUCAGCUAUUAAAGGAAAAGGCUGGAAGUUUUAUUGCCCUAUGCUCCUUCAUAGCGACCCCCAGUCAAAAUCAAGACUUAGAGACCUCAGGCUUGCUGUAGAUCUGAGUGCUUGUCUGGCCUUGUUCCUUUCAUCAUUGGAGUACUUCUGACAUAGUGGCCGGGCCUCCAGUUGCUGCUUCUGUGAUUCGUUUUAUCUGUUAAGUGACUACUACUUUGCUCCUCCAAAAUAAAACCUACCGAUGCUUAAUCCACAUAUUUCCUAAGUUGCCCAACUACUUAUACCCUUUGAAAGAUAAAGUAUGUUGUAACCUUGAUGUCCUAAGAUUCUUUGGUAUAUGUUUUUAUCUUCACUACUUUUGCCUUGCUGGGAGUGGUUGCUUUAGCAAGUAUUUGGUAGUUGAAUUAAGGGGUCAGAACUUUUGAAAAUAGUGAUCUAAUAAUCUCUCCUAUAGUCCUGGUAUAUCUGUGCUACAAACAGAUUCUUCAUGGUAAAGACAGCCAGCCCCAGAGAUGAUUUAUCUGGAUUUAAGGAUUGAAAUAGUUCACUGAUGUUCACCAUAAGCAGUUUCAUUGCAUCUCUAACUCCUCAAAGGAUGCUUUUGGAAAAAACAUUACAGUAAACCCUCAAUUUUUGCGGACCUCAACUUAAUGGACUUAGGAUUUAAUGGACAAAAUUUCCGGUCCGUAUGUGAUAUGUGAAAAUUAACAGUUAAUUUAAAAAUGCUUUUAACCAAGAUUUCUUAUAAUAGGUUUUUUUGUUAUUCAGUUAUUUUUAAUACAUUUUAGCAAAUAAGCCAUAUGUUGGAAAAUACACUAGUAAUUUUGCUGACAUAAAUGUUAUAUACCUACAACUAUAGUCGAUGUAUUUAAAUUCAAGGGUCACUGCUUGUAAACGAUGUUCGGUGAAUGAUUAGCAUGUAAUCACACCACAUUGAUCACGUUUAUUGGUUCUGUUGUUGCACGGUGUAACUUUCUGCAGCAGUUUUAAUGCUGGCCAAGGUUCGGACAUGCACUAAGCCAUGCCCCAGCUGUGUGCAUGUCUACUUGCGGUGACAGGUAAAUAUACAUAUUUACUAGACCUAUUCAGUAUAAAUUUAAAAUUACAGUAAUACAUAUAGGAAACUUCUGUGAAAUUAAACUUUGCAUACAUGCUUAAAUUACACAGAUGAAUCUACAUAAGCAAAACAGGUAAACUAAUGUUAAUUUUUUAAUGUACGCAUUCAGAAAACCUACUUAUAAUAUAAUGGAUUUUCAGCUUUAAACAACAUACGCUCACCUGAAUUAGUCUGUUAUAUUGAAGUUUUACUCUACAUACAAAAUCCUUGGGAUUUGGUGUGUAAUUUUUCCUACAUUUUAAGUUACUGCCAAAUUUAAGUGUUAAGAGCAAAAUAUUGUGAAAUAUUUGAUGCCUUUGAAAAAUCAUGAAAUUUGUAUUAUCUUUGUAUUUUUGACGGAAAAAUCAAAAUAAAUUUCUAACUAUCUUUUA